UCUUUUUGUGCCCACGAGGAUACGACCAAAGUGCUAAGUGGAAAAAUAGAGGCUCAACUUACAGCUAGCUGUACUUCUGCCUUUUAUUUAGAAAUGGUGAAGCUUUUGGUGACAAAAUAAUGCUUCAAUACAAAUAAGCACGUUAGGUUCUAGUAUUUCAUUUUGGUGAAACAAAUAUAUCAAAUAUAUGACAUUGGUAAAUGUUUUGGAAUCACUCGAGUAUUGAUCUUCAUGUAUAUGCAGACUUUUUAAAAAGAAAACGCCAUUCAGUUGAACCAUCGUCCAUGUUUCGAUCAUCAUGUUAUUUUUUUACACCCUUUCCGGACGAAUUCAUAAACGAUAUGACGUAAAGGUAUUAAUAGUAGCAGCAGCAAUAAUCAUAUCAAUAUGAACAAAACAUGAGAGACUAACAACGACGGUUAACUUAUCAUUACAUCAUCCGGUUUAUACAGGUUAGGUUUGUUUACUUAAGGGUCCGUCUAGUCGGUAUUGAGUUGAGAGUGGAUUCAAAUCUACAAUGCCAUCCCUCCAAAAUAACAAAAACAUGAACUGAAUAGCUUGAAAACUGACGGAUGUCGUGCCUUGUCAAUUAAGUGUUUUUUUCACUCAUAUAGCUUUCAACAAUCAUUCAAUUAAAGAUAUCUCCUAAACGGUGAUCGACCAUGUGAUUGCUCCCUUUGCGUGUAGCCGUGUGUGCUUGUAGUCGUGUUUGUUUUUGUCAGUCACAGAUUCAUGCCAGUGGGUCACUGUAACCGGUUAAAACUUGUGAGGACCACUCCGUCAAUCUCAGGCUCAGCCCUUAAGGUCACGGAAGCGGCAGGUGCGUCACAUCGCCCGCCCUGGCCAGUCCAGACAGGUACAUGCUGGUACGGCGACCAACUGGUGGUGUACAUGACACGACAUCGUAUUUACAUAACAUGUUUCUGAACCCAACACACUCGCACUGAUUAAGAUGUUUACAUCGCCUGGAACAGUGCUGCUGAACGAUAACGACUGCUGGAUAUAGUUUCACACGAUGUCGAUCCCGCUGACGUUCCGAGAGGUCGAUGACGCCGAUUAUGACGCCGUGAUGGGCGUCCUGCCUGACGCGUGGGAGGGCAGAGACUAUUUACCUGACAAAUAUCCCGAGUAUGUUGCCGACCCGGACUGCACCUGCUUCGCCUGUGAAGUGGAGGGAGACAUGGUUGGAUUUCACGCUGCCCUGAUUGUUGACAAGGGAGAGACGAUGGUGAGGAUUGGAGGUCGGGUCAAGGUCACGUACCAAGGUCAGGGUAUUUUUCAGGCGCUGCUUAGACACAUGUAUAAAGCACAUGGAGACAACGACCAACUGAAGUAUGAAAGUAUCGUCGUCAUUGACACUCAAGCCGAGCGGCUACAGCGGCAGUAUGCGGACCAGCAUGGCUACUCCCACAUCCUGCAGAAGAAAAGGUACUUAUACAAAUUCGAGUCAACAGGUGUCCAGAUGGUCAAUUGUUGGCCCCAAUCAAGAGUCCCUCAUCGAGUGACCGCCAGUGACAUGUCGGCCAUCAUCUCGUCCGGCAGUAUCUGCAGGACACUCUUCCCAGACGGGCGAGUUUUCCUCCACUGUAAACCGUACAAGCUGGUGGCGUCCAAUAUCAGACAUUUCAUGCAUAAAACUUUAAUUUUAGCCUCUGUUGAUGGAAGUUGUCUCCCUUGUGGUAACCACGCAUGUGCAGAGGAAACUGAAAGUACCAACUAUGGCGGCCAUUCAAAUCAGUUUCUUGAAAAUAUUGCGCUUUUCUCCAUCGGGGACUUCUAUCAUCAGAAAUCAGGCCUACAUUACAACAUCGAGCUGUAUGGAGACGAUUUGGAGUCACUUCCAGAACAUCUGAGUCGUCACAUAUCCUACAUCAAGUCAAUAGCAACGCCAUCUGUAGACCUUGUGGUGCAUACGCAUGUACGAGCGGAUGUUCGGUGCAUUGAUGACGUAAUGAACAAAUAUGGCGUUAUGCGUGACAACAUGUACGUUGAAACCAUUCACUUGUUUGAGAGACCAUUUUCCACAGCUCUAAAAGAGACUGAACCAGAGAUAGCAUGAAGAUAUUCUGUAGAGGAGAUUGUAAAAUCUUAUACUGAUGGACGAAAGUAAGGGAACACAGCACUGCAGCAUUGCAGUAUUUGUGUACAGGAAAUAUACAUCAUGUGUAUUCAUAUUUGUGUGUUAUUUAAUAUUAUAUCACGA